AUCAAUCUGAAAGACAAAUGUGGAAAUAAUUCGUGUAUAUUUUAUUCUGCGCUUAUUGAAUGCCAAAAAGUUUUAGACAUUUACUACAAGUUCCAUCCAAUUAUGUCAUCGCAAGUCAUAGCAAUAAGCUAAUCAAACGAAACUGUAAAAUUUUUCAACACUCAGCAGGAUUAGACUCAUCGAUCGCAUGUAUACAAAAUUUGAAAGUACCAAACUAAGCCAUCUAGUAUGCCUAGAAAUCGUAUUUCGCUCUUGUCGAACGUUGAAUGUAAAUCGACAACAAAAUCUCUCAUAUAUACUUCGACUAGACGCUUACAAGUAGAUCGCAAUAAGUUGCUAAAGACGUCCUUUUUGUUAGUGGUCAAAACUAAGCUAACAAUGAGUCGGAACAAGCGACGAUACGAUUCUGAAUCAGAAGAAUCUGAUGCUGAUGAGUGUUUCUUUGCUGAUUCCGAUAAUUCUCUUUUUGCCGACGCCGAUCAAGACCCAUUGAAAACAAAUGAGCAGCUCGAUUCAAGUCUAGAUGAUGAUGAAGAUCCAUUGGGUAGUGGCAUGGAAAAUUGUACGUUAGACUUCGAUUUUGAUGAUAUCGCUGGGGAAAACGAUGAAGAGGAAAGCUUUGCAUCGGAUUCGGAUUUUGAUGACGAUAGUGAAUGUGAAUCAACGUCGGGUGCGGAUACAGAGGCCGAAAAUGACAACCCACUACCCAAAGAAAAGUUACAACCAGUCAAAUGGACAAACGUUCCUUCUAACUUCGUUCCUCGAAAGGAAAUACCGACUUAUAAGGAACCGGAUAUGCGUGCAGAGGAAGACAGUACGCCAGUUGACUUGUUUUUUGAACUUUUCCCGAGACGACUUUUCGAAUGGAUCGCCAAGUGUACGAACGAAAGAUUGGACAUCUAUGCUGCAAAAAAGGGGAUCGAUGCUGAACACACUGAUUGCGAUGAAAUGAUACUGGUAAUUGGAUGCCUCCUCGUGAUGGGAUAUAAUCGUCUCCCUCACAUGCAGAUGUAUUGGUCCAACAAUCAUACAUUAGGAAAUAAGGCGAUCAAAAACGCAAUUACUCGAGACAGAUUUCUCCUUUUGGCAUCAAAGCUGUAUUUCAAUCAUCCGAAAAAACCGGAGGGAGCUGACAAAUUGUAUUAUAUGGAAAAGCUUGUCGAUUGCUUGAAGUAUACAUUCAAAAGGGCCCGAUCCGAAUCAACUUUCCAAAGCAUCGAUGAGACGAUGGUUAAAUUCAAAGGAAGAUGGUCCGGCAAGCAGUAUAUGCCUAGCAAGCGACCUAAACGUGGGGCGAAAAUUUGGACUCGUUCCGAUGCAAUGAGCGGAUAUUGCUACGACUUCAACAUUUACAAAGGAAAAGAACAAGUUGCUACCGAAGGUACUUUGGGUGAACGAGUGGUGAUCAAACUUUGCAGCAGCAUCGGAAACGAAGACGUGGUGAUAUGCACAGACAGAUUCUUUACGUCCUACAAUCUGAUGAAAACGUUACCAUUCGCUUGUGUCGGCACCUGCAUGAGCAAUCGGAAAAACGUUCCUGUUAUAAAAGAAAAACUGAAAAAGGGAGAAUCUGUUGCAAAAUCGACAGCAGAUGGAAUCAUUGGAUUCAAAUGGCAGGACACAAAAGACGUCCUUGUCAUGAGCAAUUGUCAUGACGACACCAUUACAACCGUCGACCGGAAACAGAAGGAUGGUACGAAAAAGGCCGUGACGUGUCCGGAAGCAAUUUCAUUUUAUAACAAGUAUAUGGGAGGUGUCGAUAUGACUGACCAGUACACUGUUUUGUAUGACAUCGAUAGAAAAUCCAAGAAGUGGUGGAAGCGAGUGUUCCAGCGGCUGUUAAUGACAGCUGUCACAAACGCCUGGGUACUUUACAAGAAAUUGAAGAACAAAAAGAUUCCUCUAAUCGACAUGUUGGUGCCAUUGGCUCAGAGUUUGAUCGAAAUUGGGAAGGCCGGAAGCAAAGUGCAACGAACCUCAGGGAACGGUCGUCCAUCUAAAAAAGCGAAGUUGUUUGUCAACGCACAACAUCUACCAGCUCCGAGCACGAGACGUAGAUGUACACUCUGUGCAACGAAAAAACUGCAAAAGCGAACCAAGUUCGUUUGCACCACUUGCGAAGUUCCAUUGUGCGCAGGAUGUUUCUUACCGUACCACAGAUAACUUUGUUCCCUUCAAUAUAAGCUUUAUUGUUUUCUUGAAUUUGGAAUACACGAUAUUCACUAAA